UAUGGAUAAUGCAAAACUUAAAACGAAUUUAUAGUUAACAAUGCGAAAAAUAAAUAGAAUACACCUUAUUAGAUCGUUGAGUGGAUCAAAUAAAUACGAAAUCACGAGAAAAUCGGUUUUAUGGGAUUCAGAAACGUAAACAGAAUUGUACCCAGAACAGAAAACGGAUACGUAUGCAUAUCCAGAUUCAUGUUUGAUCUGAAGUUAGAUCCACAUGACAAGUCGUCCAUAAUAAAUCAAAAAUGUCAAAUUGCAAAUGUACUUACCGGUUUAAUUAAAUUUCAUCUUAUGCAAUAUUUAUGCAUUUAAAUAAUUUAGCAAAAAUGUCAAGACCAGGUCACAUACUUAUCGGUGGUGGAACUGGCUUUAUUGGAACAACACUUUGUAAACAACUUAAAUCAAAAGGAUAUGGAAUAACAGUAAUUUCUCGGAUGCCAGGUGUAAACAGGCUAUCCUGGGGUGAAUUACAAGACAAAGGUCUUCCAAAAGGCACAACAGCUGUAGUCAAUUUAGCAGGUCAGAAUGUUAUGGACUUUAGUAGAAGGUGGACAGCAGGAUUUAAACAAAACGUAUUUUUUUCACGAGUCAAUACUACAAAAACUCUAGCUGGCUUAAUAGACAAUGCAACUUGUAAACCUGAAGUUUUCGUAACUAUAUCAGGGGUAGGCAUAUACAAACCAGAUAGUGAAAAAGAAUACACAGAGGAGUCUCAAGUCACCCCUUUCGAUUUCUUUUCUGAUUUAUGUAACCAGUGGGAGAAGGCUGCACAUUUUGAGAAACCAGAUUCUCAGAAACAAUGUAGAAUAGUUACAAUUCGCAGUGGUGUUGUAUUAGGACGAGACGGAGGAAUGAUUAAACAGAUGUAUCUUCCAUUUUAUUUAGGUUUAGGAGGACCAGUUGGAACAGGUUGCCAAUAUAUGCCAUGGAUUCAUUUAAAUGAUCUUACCAAUUUAAUUAUAUAUUCAAUUGAAACUCCAAAAGUUCAUGGAGUUCUAAAUGGGGUAGCACCAAAUCCUUGCACAAAUAUGGAGUUUACAAAAGCUUUUGGCAAAGCUUUAAGUAGGCCAACAUUAUUCCCUGUACCCAGCUUCGUUCUUAACUGCUUACUAAACAAGGAAAGGGCAGUAAUGAUUACAGAAGGACAGAAAGUUUUACCUAAAAAAACCUUAUCAACAGGAUUUAAAUAUCAAUAUCCCGAUAUUGAAUCUGCUUGUAGAGAGGUUGUUUCUAAAUAAAUUUUACCUUUACUUUAAAAUGGAAGGAUGCUUCAUUUUAAGUUGUUAAAUAUUUUGUUUUUAUUUAUUAUUUUUGAGACUGUUACUUCGAAAGAUAUUACUUACUAGUAUUUUAUUAAAUAAAUUAAAACAUGUUUUUUUAUUAUUAUUAC